AUGAAACAGAUUCCCUAUGCAUCUGCAGUUGGAAGUCUUAUGUAUGCUAUGUUAUGCACUAGACCAGACAUCUGCUAUGCAGUGGGAGUUGUAAGCAGGUACCAGUCAAAUCCUGGUAGACAACAUUGGGCAGCGGUCAAGCACAUACUGAAGUAUCUACGAAGAACAAAGGAUUAUAUGCUGGUCUAUUCGGGAGGUUCACUAGACCCGAUAGGCUACACUGAUUCUGAUUUUCAGACGGAUGUCGAUGACAGGAAGUCUACUUCUGGAAUGGUGUUUACUCUUGGGGGUGGAGCUGUGAUUUGGAGAAGCGUUAAGCAGUCUACCAUUUCAGAUUCCACCAUGGAGGCUGAGUACAUAGCUGCGUCUGAAGCGGCUAAGGAAAUAGUCUGGCUGAAGAAGUUCUACACGGAUCUCGGUGUUAUUCCAGGAAUGGAUAAACCACUCAUAUUGUACUGUGACAAUAAUGGGGCUAUAGCAAAUUCGAAAGAACCUCGAAGUCAUAAAAGAGCAAAGCAUAUAGAGAGGAAAUACCACAUCAUUAGGGAAUAUGUGUCCAGGGGUGAGGUCAAGGUGAUGAAGAUAGCGUCGGAAGACAAUCUGGCAGAUCCUUUUACCAAGACUUUGGCUGAGAGUGUUUUCGUGAAGCAUGUAGAGGGAAUGGGUUUGAAAAACAUGUCUCAUUUGUUUUAA